AUGGUAGUUGCAUAUUGUGAUGGACUUCCACUGGCUCUUGAAAUCCUUGGCUCCUAUUUGCGUGGGAGAACAAUUAAACAAUGGGAGAAUGUGUUGUCCAAAUUACAGAGGAUUCUUACUAAAAGUAUACAUGAAAAGUUAAAAAUAAGCUAUGAUGGAUUGGAUGAUGAUUCAGAGAAGGAUAUUUUCCUUGACAUAUGUUGCUUCUUUAUCAACAAGGACAGGAACUAUGUUACACAGAUAUUAGAUGGUUGUGAACUUCAUGCUGAAAAUGGAUUACAAAUCCUCAUAGAGCGGAGCUUGGUGAAAGUAGGUAGAAAUAAUAGGCUUGAAAUGCAUUAUUUAUUACAAGAAAUGGGAAAAGAAAUCAUCCGUGGAAGCCCACCUAAAGAUCCUAAGAAACAUAGCAGACUAUGGUCUCGAGAAGAUGUGCUUGAUGUGUUAACAGAUCAUACAGGAACCGAAGCUAUUGAGGGUAUAUCUCUAAAGGUAUCAAAAACCCAUAGUGAUCCCAUUGAUUCUGAGGCAUUUAAGAAGAUGAAGAAACUCAGAUUGCGCCAACUAGACUAUGUAAAUCUUAAAGGAGAUUAUAAACAUCUUUCUAAAAAGCUCAGGUGGGUUCGUUGGCAUGGAUUUCCAUCAAAUUACACUCCAACCAACAUUUACCAAGAAAACCUAGUUGCUAUUGACUUCAAACGUAGCAACCUCAAAGUAGUUUGGAAAGAUUCCAAGAAGUUGCCAAUGUUGAGGACACUAAAUCUCAGUCAUUCACCUUUCUUGACACAAACUCCUGAUUUUACAUAUCUACCAAACCUUGAAAAGCUUAUGAUGAAAGAUUGUGAGAGCUUGAUUUUAAUUCAUGAGAGCAUUGGGGAUCUAAAAUUUCUCCUUCAUCUUAAUCUAAAAGAUUGCAAGAGCCUCAAAGAUCUUCCUAGAAGCACCUACAAGUUGAAAUCAUUAAAGACUUUCAUUAUUUCUGGUUGUUCAUUGAUUGACCAUUUAGAAGAAGAUAUUGAGCAAAUGGAGUCCUUGACAAGUCUUAUGGCAGAUAACACUUCCAUAACACAACUACCCAAGUCAUUAGCAAGAUUGGAAGGGCUUAAGCAUGGAUAUGUAUCUUUCCCUGGUCAUGAAGGAAGAGGGCAAGAUAUAUUUCCUUCUCUCAUAUGGUCUUGGAUGUCACCUCAUGAUUUUCCUCAAUCCGGUAUUGAAGAAUCCGUGCAAAGCGUAUCAUCUAUAGUUGCCUCAAUUGGACGGAAUAGUGGGUUGCGUGGUCUAUGUCAAUUUCUAGGCGAUCUUGUGAAGCUUCCAGUGCAAGGUCAGCAGAUUCCGUCAAUUCUCUUUCACUUCAACUAG